AUGCCCCCGAAAAAGGUUAAGAUGGAUGCGAAGGUAGUGGCGUUAGAAGGAGAGAUGUCGGAGGUGAAGUCGACGUUGAUAGACGUUCAGAAUGCGGUGAAGACUAGCCAUGAGAGUCUCAUGGCCAUGUUUGAACGGUGUCUAGGGAAGACGGUGCUGGAAGGAGAAGGUAGUGCAAAUGGGAAGGGGAAUUCCUCCGGAUCGGGGCUUUACAACCUCAGUCGUGAUGCAUUGACAGAGUUUCGUCAAUCCAUCAAAAAGGUAGAGCUACCGUCCUUCAACGACGAACAUCCUGCGGGGUGGAUUUCACGAGCUGAAAUGUAUUUCCGUGUUCAAGGGACGCUACCGGAGUUGAAAGUGAGAGAAGUUGAAGGAAUCACUGUUGGCCAGAUAUGGUGGUUACGGCGACAGUGA